AUGGAACACUGGCAGGUGGGCGGCUCAGUGGCGGGCCAUGGCCAGUUCUACUUCUCUUUGGUGUACGAGGAGGGUAAUGGGGAGGACGGGGGUUGUCUGAACAGAAAGGGUGCAGUGAAAUACCAACCUGUUCCAGGCUUCCCCACCUGCUCCUUCACCAGCGGGGUGGUCAACUUAUUCCUUGGUCGCACAGAUGCUGUGCGCAAAGUGGGCUUUGACCCCCGGCUGAAGAGAGUGGCACACUCAGAGUUCUUCAUGGAUGGGUUGGGCAGUUUGCUGGUUGCCAGRUGUAGUCAUGUCAGCAUCGACCACCAACCCAGAAUUGAAAACGCAAAGUACUCGUCGUUCCGAAAUCAAAAAUCAAAAGACGCAGAAGACAAACUAGCCCACCACUUCUUCAAGAACCACCUGAAAUGUGUCCGUUAUGGAUAGUCUGGACCACAAUGACAAAACCAUUGAUGCCAUUCUUUUUGAUGACCUGAUUGUUUUAAUGGUGUGAUUGA